GGCCGGGACGCAUGUUCGUUGGCCCGUCUUGGGAUGCGCUUGGGGUGCUGGGGUGCUUGGGUGCUUGGGUUUGCUUUCCAGACCUCUCUGGCCUACCACCCGAGACUGGCUUGUUCCUUGUCAGACGUAAGGUAGAACGAGAAGGGGGCCCCAUGCAGUCCACAUCACAUCACUGUGAGCUCGACCUUGCCUUUUUCUGUUCUGCGUCGGGUCGUGGCUUCCCCCCGUUGCCAGUGUUGCUCCCUGAUCCUUCUAUUUAAGCAUCUCGUCCCCAGCCCACUUACUAUUCUCUUCUCCCCUUGCCAUCAACGAACCUACAACCGUCACACAUCGGAUUUUCGAGAUAUCUUCACGAACCACUACUCACAAACAACCAAACACCUCUUAGAAAGAUCUACAAACCUCAUUCAAGAUGCCUUUCACCGCCUCCGACAUCUGCAAGAUCAUCCUUGCCGUUAUCCUGCCUCCCGUUGGUGUUUUCCUGGAGCGUGGCUGCGGCGCUGACUUCUUCAUCAACAUCCUAUUGACCAUCCUUGGUUACCUGCCUGGUAUUAUCCACGCCCUGUACAUCAUUCU